AUGUGUCUUACACUUGUCUUUGCUAUUCAAAAGUUAAGGCACUACAUGCAAGCGUUCAUGGUUCAUCUAAUUGCACGAGCUGACCCGAUGAGGUACGUUAUGUCAAAACCAGUCUUGACGGGGCGUUUGGCCAAGUGGGCGUUACUUCUCAAUCAAUAUGAAAUCAUCUACACUCCAGCAAAGGCAGUAAAGGGGCAAGCUGUUGCAGAUUUCCUAGCCGAUCAUCCAAUUCUAGCAGACUGGGAAAUUUCAGAUGACAUACCCGACGAACAAGUCUUCUUCGCUGACAUUUCUCCUGCUUGGAUGAUGUUUUUUGACGGAUCGGCUCGUAAAGAUGGGGUGGGGGCUGGCGUAGUCUUCCUGUCACCCGAGAGACACGUAUUGCCCUACUCAUUCUCUUUAAGUGAACUUUGCUCGAACAACGUUGUAGAAUACCAGGCUUUGAUCAUGGGCUUACAAAUGGCCGUAGAGAUGAAGAUAUUGAGCUUAGAAGUAUAUGGUGACUCCAUGUUAGUGAUCAACCAAUUGUUGACCCACUACGAAGUUAGGAAGGAUGAUCUAAUUCCAUAUCACCAAAUGGCCACGCAAUUACUGGAAAGGUUUGACUUUGUGACGCUGGAGCAUGUGCCAAGAAAGGACAACCAAAUGGCAGAUGCCUUAGCCAAUCUUGCCGCUACAUUGGCGUUGACAAAAGAUGAAGCGAUGAAUCUUCUAGUUUGCCAACGUUGGGUCGUUCCAUUAACACUUGGGGCAUCGCAAAAAGGAGCCAACGUUAUCUCGGUAUUGUCCAUUGACAUUGACGAUUGGAGGCAACCUUUAAUUGAUUAUCUUGAGCAUGGGAAACUGCCAGAUGAUUCGAGACAUCGAUCAGAGGUACGGCGUCGGGCACCUCGAUUCAUUUAUUAUAAAGAGAUUCUAUACCGUCGUUCAUUCGAAGGCCUGUUUCUAAGAUGCUUGGGGGAAGAAGAUGCAUCCAAAGCAAUGGAGGAGGCUCACUCAGGUAUUUGCGGAGCUCAUCAAUCAGGGCCAAAGCUACAUUUCCAAAUAAAGAGGAUGGGCUACUAUUGGCCGACUAUGGUCAAGGAUUGCAUGGAUUAUGUGAAGAAAUGCCAAGCAUGUCAAUUCCAUGCCAACUUUAUACAUCAGCCGCCGGAGCCGCUACAUCCUACAAUUGCUUCAUGGCCAUUUGAUGCGUGGGGCCUUGAUGUGGUGGGACCAAUAGCACCCAAAUCUUCUGAUGGUCAUUCUUACAUCCUUGCAGCCACAUACUACUUUUCAAAAUGGGCAAAAGCUGUACCUUUAAAGGAAGUGAAGAAAGAAAACGUAGUGAACUUUAUCAAAGUGAAUAUCAUUCAUUGGUAUGGUGUGCCGCGCUACAUCAUCACAGAUAAUGGAAAGCCAUUCUCGAACCGGUUGAUGGAUAAAUUGUGUGAAGACUUCGGUUUCAAACAACGCAACUCUUCAAUGUACAAUGCCCCAGGCAACGGUCUUGCGGAGGCGUUCAACAAAACUCUUUGCAACCUGUUGAAGAAAGUUGUUGGAAGAACCAAGAAAGAUUGGCAUGAAAGGAUAAAUGAAGCAUUGUGGGCUUAUCGGAUGACAUACCGGACGCCUACUCAGGCUACACCAUACUCACUUGUGUAUGGCGUGGAAGCAGGCUUGCCUCUAGAAAGUCAAAUUCCAUCAUUGAGGAUGGCCGUACAAGAGGGAUUGACUGAUGAAGAGAAUGCAAAGCUACGUCUCCAAGAGUUAGAAGCACUAGAUGAAAAGAGACUCGAAGCGCAACAAUGCUUAGAGUGUUAUCAAGCUCUGCUUUCGAAUGCUUUUAACAAGAAGGUUCGCCCUAGGUCUUUUCAAGUAGGAGAUCUUGUCCUCGCAUUACGUAGACCUAUCAUCACAACACACAAAACCGAAAGCAAGUUUACUUCGAAAUGGGAUGGGCCCUACGUAGUUCAAGAAGUGUACACAAGUGGAGCUUACAAGAUCGUAGCCGAGGACGGUUUAAGAGUCGGUCCUAUCAACGGAAAGUUCUUGAAACGAUACUACGCAUGA